GAUAGGGUGGCCAUAACGAAGUAGAAGACUGAACCAAAACAAAUAGGAGCCAAUGGAGACCAACCCGAACAGUCUCUCCAAACUUCCCGCUCUCAAAUACUUAUCCGACGACUUCCACUACAACCAUUUCCUGAAGAAGACAGUUGGACAGUACCUGCCCCAGUGCCUGCGCUAUGUCACUGAAGUGCGACCUACGGACCCGAUCGACUGCAUCGCUCAAUGUCUUUACAGGUGUGUUGACGGCAACAUGUACCAACAGGAGAAGAUCCAGUACCUGCAGGAGCUAGAGAGGAGCAACAAGCAGGUCAUGGCCAGGCGGAGGUCACUCGUGCUCAAAGUCAAUCCCAUACUGGACACGACCAGACGACAGGAGGAACUUUUGCGGCGACUUCGACUCGAGGAACUGAAUGACCUACUUUACAUUCUUAAAAAUACAGACGACCCUAUAGACGACCACAUCAGAGAGAGGCUGACAUUUUUAGCGAACUUGUUCUCGGCACAGAAGACAGUGAAAGAGAUGCUGAUCCAGCGAGCCAGGCGAGUUCUGGACAAACGUGCCCACUCUAUAGACGUGACGAAGAUCAUGGACUCGGUCAAACAGAAACAGUCAAGGCCGCUCGUCGACACGUCAUCUUCUGAGUUGGAUGACAAAAUAGACAGAUCGAACCUGGACUGGGGAGCAGUUAGUUCUGGACAGUUGCACGUUAUCAGCGAGCUAGACGACGAUGAUGAGACAUCUUCACUCAGAAAACAUGGACUUUCAUCACCACCAGGUACAUUGACGCCAGAUAGAAAGCUUGGAUUAAAGAGAGUUGACUCACAGAUGCUGUCUCAGUCAGUAUCGGAUAAUAUUCAGCAGAUGCUCAAGGAAAUGGACGACGAAUCUUCGACUUCUGUACGUGUUGGUGUGGGGAGGCUGUCCAGAUCAGCUUCGAUCAUUGCACAAGAUUGGAAAGAAGGAGGUGCCGACACAGACAGAUUAAAAGACUUCAAGAAAUUAAAAGAUAUUUUACGAAAAGUGAAAGACGAUGCGGAUCAAAUAGCUGAUGACAUGUCCAUCACGUCCGAGCAGGAAGACAUGGAACUGUUCUUCAGCGACAAAUCCAUCACUGAGGAGCUACAGAGCUCCCAAGUGGACCUGACCCGUAAGGAUAUGGCUGAUGCUCUCAAGGAGGGCCGCUUCGCCAUCACCAAGUCGGGACUUGUGGUCUUCGUCAGCACUGACCUAGGGAUCCUGGCACCUAAAGCUCCGGGGACGAAACCCCAAAGUCAGAUGGAAAAACCCGAGGAGUGGGCCAAGCGUGAGUUCGCCUGUGAGGUGCUCUACGACUCAGAGCUCUACACGGUCUGUGACUUCAGUGACGUGGACAGGUACAAGGACGUGGAGGAGAUGACCAUACAGGAGUUUCUAGAGCCGGUCUACAGAAGGCCACCAGCCAACUGGGAAGAGACGAAACUCUAUGAACGUGACAGUCUUCUGGCCCAGCCCAAGCCACGCAGCAACUAGACCAUCACACGCUCAGUGCUGCUUGUCUGCCCCUGACGAUUCUCUGCCCCUAGUAGUAGUCUGCCUGUAAUGGUUCUCGUCUUCUAGGGGUGUCUGCCUCUAGCGUGUGUCUUCCCCUAGCGUGUGUCUGCCUCAAACUUGUGUCUGUCCCUAGCGUGUGUCUGCCUCUAGCGUGUGUCUGCCUCAAACUUGUGUCUGUCCCUAGCGUGUGUCUGCCUCUCUGUCUGCCUCUAGCGUGUGUCUGUCCCUAGCGUGUGUCUGCCUCUAGCGUGUGUCUGCCUCUAGCGUGUGUCUGCCUCUAGCGUGUCUCUGCCUCUAGCGUGUGUCUGCCCCCAGCGUGUGUCUGUCCCUAGCGUGUCUCUGCCUCUAGCGUGUGUCUGCCUCUAGCGUGCCUCUGCCUCUAGCGUGUUUGCCUCUAGCGUGUGUCUGCCUCUAGCGUGUAUCUGCCUCAAACGCGUGUCUGCCUCUAGCGUGAGUCUGCCUCUCUGUCUGCAUCUAGCGUGAGUCUGCCCCCUAGUGGGUAUGUGACUGGUGCCCCUGUACCUAUAGGCCAAGCCCAGUGUUAGAACGUGUAGCUGUCUGCCCUGACUGAGAGACCAACAACUAACAACAGACACCGACCAACCAGACACAGAACAACCCGACCGUUCACUCGUUCAACAUGUACAACAAUUUCAGGCUAACUUUGUCAGAUUAAAGGUUGCGUCAGGGUUUGUGGAGAGUCGUGUGAUGGUUUGUGGAGAGUCGUGUGAUGGUUAGGGUUACCAAGAUGUUUGAAGGCGUGACAUUGGGGCUGAGUUUGAACAUAGUUCAGUUAUUUGAUUUUGAAAGUAUUAUGGUCCCCUAAAGUCAUUAUUAUCUAUUUAUCGAACAUGUAUUAUUAUUAUUUUAUAUUUUUAUUAUUCCUUUUGUUUAUCUUAUUACCAUUGAUGGUAGAUUGAAAGUAGAUUAGCUUAGUAGACAAGUAUAUAUCGACAUGAUACAAACAGGUGGAACAAUCAUGACACAAUCUUGACUCAAUCAUGACGAAAUGUUUUCUACCCAUAUACAUAUUUUGAUACUCGUUAUAUACACUUUUUCUUACAGCUUUAAAUAAACGUAAAUACGAUAAA